AUGUCGGUGCCCUCCACCCUGGUGAAGUGUCUGUAUCUGUUCUUUGACCUUCCUCACAUGGCCGAGGCCCCUGGGGCCUCACAGACCCAGACCCCAGAGCUGCCCCAGGCUGACCGCCGGGCCCUGCUGCAGAAGGUCUUCGCACAGAUCCUGGUGAAGCUGUGUAGCUUUGUCUCUCCGGCGGAGGAACUGGCCCAGAAAGACGAUCUCCAGCUACUCUUCUCUGCCAUCACGUCCUGGUGCCCCCCCCACAACCUGCCCUGGAGGAAGAGCGCCGGCCAGGUCCUCACCACCAUCUCACGACACGGACUCAGCGUCAACGUCAUCAAGUAUAUCCACGAGAAAGAGUGCCUGGCCACAUGUAUCCAGAACAUGCAGCAGUCAGAUGACCUCUCACCCCUGGAGAUCGUAGAGAUGUUUGCCGGUCUGUCCUGCUUCCUGAAGGACUCCAGCGACGUCUCCCAGACCCUGCUGGACGACUUCAGGAUGUGUCAGGGAUACACGUUCCUCUGCGAUCUCAUGCUCAGUGACGCUUCUGACCACCUAUGGCGUGACGGAUCUCAAACCGGCCGGUCUCACCACUGGAGCCCCCUUCCUCCUGCCCGGCCCGUACUCCCACAGCCUUCUGGGAAAGGCCACACGGUGAGGAACCUCCAGUCGUUCUCCGUCCUACAGAAUGCCUUCCUGAGGGCUAAGACGUCCCGGCUGACCGGCACGCUGCUGGACGCCAUCGGCAACAUCUACGCCGCCGACCACGCCAACUACUUCAUCCUGGAGGCACAACACACACUCUCACAGUUCGCUGACAAGGUGGCCAAGCUGCCAGAUGCCCAGACAAAGUACUUUGACCUGUUGGAGUUUGUAGUGUUCAGUCUGAACUAUGUACCCUGUAAGGAGCUGUUCAGUGUCAGCGUCCUGCUGAAGGGCUCUACGUCAUACACCUGCAGUAUCACAGCCACCAGGACUCUGUUGAAGUUGAGUCGUCAUGACGCGGUGUUCAGUGAUGUGUUGAGAGAGGUGGGGCUGCUGGAGGUGCUGGUUAACCUCCUGCAUAAAUAUGCUGCCCUGCUCAAAGACCCCGCAACGCAACAACAGACUCAGUCACAGAACAACGAACAAGGUGACUGUAAGAACAGCAGUGUAGCGGAGGAACAGAAACAGUUAGCUUGGCUGGUCAUGGAGACGCUGACUGUCCUGCUGCAAGGCUCCAACACUAACGCAGGUCUGUUCAGAGAGUUUGGAGGGGCGCGGUGUGUCCACAACAUAGUGAAGUAUGAUCAGUGCAGGGAACAUGCUCUGAUGAUCAUUCAGCAGCUGGUUCUGUCCUCCAGCGGAGAUGAUGACAUGGGAACACUACUGGGUCUGAUGCACUCUGCCUCGUCUACCGAGCUACAGCUCAAAACAGACAUACUACAGACUCUCCUGGCUGUGCUGAGAGAAAGCCAUCGCACGCGGACAGUCUUCCGGAAGGUCGGGGGCUUUGUGUAUGUGACGUCGCUACUCGUUGCCAUGGAGCGCUCUCUGUGUCAGCCGCCGUGUCACGGGUGGGAACGGGCCAAUCAGAACCAAGUGUUUGAGCUCCUCCACACCGUCUUCUGCACGUUGACCGCUGCCAUGCGCUACGAACCCGCCAACUCACACUUCUUCAGGACGGAGAUCCAGUAUGAAAAACUGGCAGACGCUGUCAGGCUGCUGGGUUGUUUCUCGGAGGCCAAGAAGGUUGGAGUCAGGGGAGUGUUCCCUUCCAAUGCCCAGCCCUUCCUGAGGCUGCUGGAGGACGACGGGGCAGGGGGCGGGACCGGGGACAACAUCUGCCCCACCCUCAAACACUGCAGCAAGCUCUUCAUCUACCUUCAUAAGAUGGCCACCGACUCCUUCGACAGUCGUGCGGAGCAGGUUCCCCCCUGCCUCACUCACGAGACCUCCCUGCCAUCCCCCUGGGGUACGCCAGCGCUCGCCAGGAAGAGGCACGGCUACCAGGGCACAUCAGGCCCCCCUGCAGGGGUCAGAGCCUUGACGGACCUAAACAUGAAACUACAACUGGCCAACUCUUCCUCCUCGUCGGACUCGGUGGUCAUCCACCCUGGGGCGGGGCUAGCAAUGCUGGACCUGCUGGCCUCCGUCAGCUCCGACAGCCAACCAGAGCAUGCUCUGGACCUUCAGCUAGCAGUGGCUAACAUCCUGCAGCUGCUGGUCCACAGUGAGAGAAACCAGCAGAUCCUGUGUGAAGCAGGUCUCCACAGCAGACUACUGCAGCGCUGCAGCCUGGCCCUGGGAGACGAGGAACACCCCCUACACCCACCACUGCAGAGGAUGUUUGAGAGGCUGGCCUCACAGGCCCUGCAGCCUAUGGCCCUGAGAGAGUUCCUCCGGCUGGGUAACCCUCUAAACUGUGGCGCCUGGGACAAGAAGCUGCUCAAACAGUAUCGUGUCCACAAACCCUCCUCCCUGAGCUACGAUGCAGAGAUGAGAAACUCUAUGACUAUAUCGAUGGAGGGCUGUUUUGGUCCCGACACCGUGUUCCCAGCAGCCGGUGAAGACAACAGUCAGUACCGAAUCAGCCGUAGCCUGGUGCGCUCGGCCGAGGGGAGCACCGUGCCGCUCACACGCGUCAAGUGCCUGGUCUCCAUGACAACGCCCCACGACAUCCGCCUUCACGGCUCGGCCGUCACUCCAGCCUUCGGGAGUUUGACACCUCGCUGGAGGGCUUUGGGUUUCCAGAAAUCCCUGUGUUAUUUCCUUCUGAUUCUCUGA